AGUACAGACAAUCACAGGCAACACGUUCACUGUUGUUAAGAAUGGGAGGAACCCAUCGACUUAAGGUUCCUCUGGCGCUUGUCACCCUGGCACCGAAGACAACUAGGAUGGCUUCAGACGACGACAACCCGGACACGAGUGCGGGCGGGCUCAAACUUCCUAGCAGAUUUGGCAUGGUUGGCAAGGCAUCCACGACGACGCAAUACACAAUGGGGCCUGGAACUUCUGGAAAUUCGGGCGGUGAGGCUGGCCACACGAUUGAGGCCAGUCGUACUUCGAUUUGUGGUGCAAAGCGCCGAAGGCCCUCUGGUACCAGUAUAUUUCAUAAUAUCUGCUCCCAUAGACUAUUUAAUCAGUUUGCAGCCCUUCCCCAUUGCUUAAACACUCUCGAGUCAAGCCAAGCUUGCCCUCAACAACAAUCCCCAACAACUUUCCCAGCGCUAAGCCCUCAAACCUUCCUUCAACUCAAGCAAAAUGGCCCUCUCGAUGACUCUGCGCUCUGGCGCUCACUCCGCGGCUGUGAAGCGCUCGAGCGUUGCCAAGCGCUGCUCGCGCCAGGUGGUUCGCGCGGCGCCCAAGAACGAGAACGAUGGCACCGUCGAGCCCACGACCACCGGUACCGUGUUCUUUGCUGGCAAGUCCUACACUCCUGAGGAGUGGGAGAAGGAAGUGGCGUCUGGCGCGUUCGUGCGUCCCGCUGCUGCCACCGCCGCCACCACCAGCACCUCGACCUCCUUCCUGUCCUUCAACGACGUGAUGUCCUUCAGCGGCACCGCGCCCGAGAUCGUGAACGGCCGCCUGGCCAUGCUGGGCUUCGUUUCGGCUGUCGCAGCCGAGCUGGUGUCGGGCGAGGGCGUGCUCAAGCAGUGGAGUGAGGAGCCCACCGGCAUCGCCAUUGCCUUUAUCCUGUUCAUCAGCGGCUCGCUGGUCACCGCCUUCCGCCCCCGGCGCGACGAGAAGCUGGGCCCCUUCACGCCCCAGGCUGAGCUGCUCAACGGCCGCGCCGCCAUGAUUGGCUUUGCUGCCAUGCUCGCCAUCGAGAUCGCCAUGGGCAAGCCCCUCAUCUAAAUGCCAGCGCCGCUGUAUGCUACAGCCGAUUCUGCUGCGGCCGCCGUGGCGGUGCAACUGCCGUUACCUCUUGUGUUGGUGGACUGUGCGGCAGCGGCAUCGCCCUCACAAUGACUGACUCUGACAACCGGCGGCUGCAGCUGAUAGGGUUACGUGGCAUGUGUUUGCAUCGGCCGCCCGCGAUUCAGGGACGAGCCGAGUGCCUAACAUUGAGUAGGGAGUUUGGGUGUUCUCCUACGUAUUUGAACCCCUAAUGAUGACCAGUGGCGUUGUGCAGAUUUAUGUUGAGUCUUCUUUCAUCGGGGACGCGGUGACGGCGUGGCGCCCAGUGGCCCGUGCCGGAGGCGUGAAGCGGUUGCAAGGCUAUGUUAUGGGUAGUAGUGCGCAUGCCACUAACGCUGACACAGUGCUGCUGGGCUGCGCUUCAACCCGCAUGGCCGCAUCCUCUUGCAUCGACUCUGCCUGGACUGGCAUCAUGCUGGCCCAGCACAGUCGUAUGGCUCCCUGUUUUAUUGGUGUGUAAUUGUUUGCGUGGAGUGUUCGCCAAUGACAGGUACAUACGCGCUGAUGGGUGGUGGCGAGCAUUGAUCUUGACACUUGCCCGCGCGCUGUCUAGGUUGACGCUGUGAGUGUGUUUGCGUGUGCGAAUGCAAUGUAUUCGAGGCAUGUGUGUACCGUAUGCACCGAGUGGGAGCGUCGUGAGUGUGAGUGAUUUGUAUUUACGAGUGACUCAAAGCAGAGAGGUUUGCUGACUGAAGAGAGGAGAGACCCGCGUGGUCUGUACCAUGGCACAGGAGCGAUGCCUGCUGAUUCGCAGGAUUAUUUCAGUGAGACAAUCGAAGAUGGUAUGAGUGGGUGGAAUGUACCACCAAAAGCGCACAGUCUGCACGCGCAGUGCUGUGGUCGGCCGUUUGUUGGCCGUUUUGAGGUCUGGUGAGAUGAGCGAGAGUACAGGGGCAGUCUAGUGGCUGAGCCAUGAUGCAGCUCGGGUAGCUUGCACGAGCUGCUGCAUGUCUGGUUGGCCAUCGUUUCCGACAGCCGGUGAUGAGAGAAAGUGUUGCAGGUUUGAGGAAUUUAUGGCUCUCCAACUGCUAGCAAUUUAUUUGUUUGCUGCAGGAACGGGCAGCCGGGAGAGUGUGUCAGCCCAGGCUUGCGGCGUAUGCUUGAGAAGUGCGUGGUGGUUCAUUUGAUAGAGUGCCUGAUGCAGAAUGUGAAUGUGGACGGGAUCGGAUCCCGAGGUCCGGUCUCUCGGUCCCUUCACGCGCCCUUGCCCUCGUAGUUGCGCUCGCAAGACCACCACAAGCAACUCAGUAGAUGCGGUAGUGCUUUGGGAAUGGACCAUGUUUCUUUGAGAUGAGAUACUGUUUUAUACUUCCUGGGGCAAGUAGAAAGGCAGACGCAUGGGUGCAAAUGGCAGGCCCCCAACUUCGAGGAUGGUCUCGAGGUGGAGGUUAUGGCGUGUGUACUGGAUGCACGGGUUCUGUGCGGAUCAGCGCGUGGACGGAUCAAGCACAGACUCUGCAGACGCGAGUGGCAUGGCUGGGAUGCGUGUUUGUUAUCCGAUAGCUAUGCGAUAUGUGUCAAGAGGCGAGGAUGCGAGAGAUAUGAAGCGCGUUGAGAGGAGGGGAGGCGCUUGUACGGCUGGUGGUGGGAUGGUGUGUUGAAGUGCUGUGCGGGCUUCGGCCCCGGCAUGACCCCCAACACUCAUCACCAGAAAUACCGCACGGUUCAUUGCGCCAAGUGUGUCUGCCUGGAUACUAGUCGACUGGAAGUGAGAGGCAUGAGAGCGAGUGGAAAUGUGAGCAACACAUAUCAAAUCACCUGGUGUUGAAGGUAAUGAAAGCCAUCGGUAGAUGGCUACCCUCCCUCACGUGGGUAGCUUCAGAGGUUCAUGUCGUGUAAUUGUCUUGUA